AUGGUCUGGGGUGAGAGACCCGGAGAGUGCUCAAGCCCAAGUCAACUGAGCUAUGUGUGUAACACAACUCUGGGCAAGGAAUGUAGAAACGAGAGCGACUGUGGCAGAUGGGGCACGUGCUGCUCUACCCCGUGUGGGCCAAGAUGUGUCCUCAGGCAUUUCAGAAAUGACGACGGGCAGUGCCCACGCCCAGACCAUCUUGCCCGUGUGUGUAACUGCACUUUUGGGAAGGUGUGUGAGUCGGACCAGGAUUGUGCAGGAUCACAAAGAUGCUGUGAUGCUGGGUGUCAGAAACGUUGUGUCCUGUCGUUCUACAGAAAGUCUCAUGGAGACUCGUGGAAAUCUGAGCAAUGUCCGAAUCCGUCCUGCCUGGAUCGUGUCUGCAGGAUGAAUCACAGCGUCUCGUGUGGAGAUGAUGGGGAUUGUGGCAAGUGGAGGUCAUGUUGUGAGACACCUUGUGGUAGACGCUGUGUCCACCCCUUCAUGGCGCAGAGCAGCAGUUUGUCAGUCUCAGAUCGGACAUCUGGAAUGUGUCCUUCUCCUGCUCGCCUCUCUGCCGUGUGUAACCUGAAGUACGGUGAGCUGUGUGAGGAAGAUAAUGACUGCUACGCAUGGCAGAUGUGCUGCAACACCAGCUGUGGGCGUCGCUGUGUCCAUUCCUACCGCAGCAGGGGUAUCGAGCCAGGAGGGUUUGUUGGUGGGAGAGUGUAG